UUCUAUUACCGUGCGUCCCCAGCGCUGAGAGACAGACACAGAAACACGGCUGACACAAGACAGUGAUGAACAUGGUGAACGUUUUCAUCAAGAUAUCACUAGAAUGGAUAAAAGAUGCCAGGGAAAAUUGUCCACUACAAUGCUGACAUCUACGACUUUGUGACUUGGUUGUUUACAGGUAUUAACCAGAGGUCAGUUACUAUUAGCAUGCAUUCGUGAUGUACAGAAAAAUAUUGCUGAUUACAAAAAGAAACUACAGCCAAUUUUGCCUUUUGUUUGUCAUAUUCAUGUUUAACACAUACACAUUAAUAAGAAUGGUUAAUUUUAUUUCAGUGACAUGGCUUUUGUAAACAUUUGUUGACCAAUGUAGUCAACAUGGCCAUGCACACUGACAUCACAAAUCUCCAGGAGACACGAGAUUAUAGUCAAGGGAUGGUGCUCUCACAAAGGAUUCUGGUUUCAUCUUACAAACACUUAACAGGGGCUCCUUUGUGCCACACGAUAAAGUCAAUCAUAUACUACAUCAUUCUAGAAGCUCUCUAGCCUAUUAUCGUAGGUACCGCAAGACGUUCUGAAAGUGAAAAUAUGUAAAGAAAGCUCACCAAAACUAUCCAUAUAGACAUUGGUACAAUACGUAGUAGACUAUAUACAUAUAACAGUUUCACAUCAAUAUUUACUUUUUAUCUAUUGUUUGUUUGUGUUUGUGUUUGUUUUUUGUUUUUUUUUUUUGUUUUUGUUUUUGUUUUUUGCAUUUGUUUUUAGUGUGCCGACCUUGCUUUCUGACCCAGAGGCUACUUAAAUAGUCUCGUUAAAUCAGACCUGCUAUAUGGCAAGGAGAAGCAGGUUCAACUACACACAUAGGCUGUUGAGGGAACGUAAUGUAUUUUAUAUUAUUCAGAAAAGAAAAAAAUAACAGAUUUUUAAAUAUAGAUUUUGAUUAAAUAAAGCUUUAGUUACAUUAAUUUUAUUUUUAUAAUUAUUUAAAUUUUGUAAUACAUAUUUCAACUUGGUUGUGACACUGAAGUAUGAGGUGUUUCUAUUUUAGGCCCAGACAUACACAGUGGAGAUACUGCCUGCAGGUGUCAAGGUCACUUAAACUGAGGCGCUGAGAGGUUUAAGUGCACAUGAACUUUUCUUCAUUGUGCUUUACGAAAUUUAUUUCUGUACACUUUGAGUUCGUCAGAUAUUUUUAAAAAAGUUAGAAAUCUGAUUUCAAUGAAUCUUGAUAAAGUCAAGGCAUUGUGGUCUUAAUUUUUCUUUAUGUAAAUUUCCCUGUUGGAGCCCCACAGCCUGGUCACCGUAGAUCGUUAAUAGCUUACGUGGCGCCACAGGAAGCUGACUAGACAGAGACACAGGUGAUUGUGUGCGCGCCUCAAGUGUAACACAUCUACGCUAUGACUGGAGUCUGCAAGGUUUCGUUUUGGAUAAUUGUUGAAGAGAUGAAGAGCAAAAAAUAACGUCUACUCAGCAACUUCAAACCAUGUAUGGCAGCAGAAGUCCUGCGUCUAUUGCUGGCUCCUUCGAAAAAGUUAUUGACGAGGAAAUCCUUGCAAAUAACCGGCCUGAUUCAAGAUCGUCAGGACUAAGCAGUGUUUCUGGACCCGAGGACAGCACCACGUACAAUGUAGUUAGGAGCGAGGACAACUUUCUGUUGACGUCACGACAUAAUCACGUGGUUGUAAAUGAAAACUCUUCCACAGAUAGGAAUAUUCGUGAGUGUGAGCUGCCAUCUCCUCUCAUGUUUACAACACUGCCCCCUCCUGGGGUUCUAGUUUCCAGAAAUCAGCCACCAUUUGUCAUUCCAGAUUCUUCAUUCUUGCGAAAUGCAAAUCCACCAUCAUUUCCCAAUCUCUACAGCUUACCAUCGGCAAGAAGUUUUAAUUUAGGGCAGCAAAUACCUUCAACUGGCCACUACCAAACAGCGAGAUCUGAAGAAAAAAAUCCUUUGUUACCUGAACAUCAGAAUCAAGAAUCAGCACAGUUCAAAAAUGACCAAAAGGCAGCAGCAGGAGAACAGCGCCCUUAUGUCAGUCCACCAAAACAUGGUUUUGGAAAUUCAGAACAAACACCUCCAAUCCAUUUUGGAUUCCCAGUCACUCACCACAGUCUACCAACUCAUCAUGACCCAAGUCCUUUACACAAUGUAUUCUAUGUACCACAGUUUGGCUCCCAGUGGAUUCCGACCUCACAAGCUCAAGGACCAUAUACCUCGUCUUUUCGCUACGAACCUCCGCAGAAUAUACAACACAGCUCUUCUGGGUGUCAACCAUUAUAUCCUCCUUGUGGAAGCCAGCCAUUUGCGUACCCUAUUCACAAUCCACACAUGAUGUGUACCAUUCCUGGUGCAGGCAACCCUCUAAUAAGUGAAGCUGCUUCAAGAGAGGCACAGCAAAAACAUCAAGGUUUUCAGCAAGGGUUGGUGGCUAGUACUGAAUGUUCAUCAGGAAGAGUAGAGGAUACAGAGCCACUGUCAAAAACCAUACAGAUACUAGGCGUUGAAGACUCAAGGACAGCAUCCAAAUGCAAAUACUACUUUGAAAACCCCGAAAAAGGCGGCGGAGAAAUACAGGAGGCCAAGUGGGACAGCAUUGAUCGCAUCUGCUAUAUCACCUUUUCCGACAUGACAGUUGCGAAACGAGCUGCUACGUCUCUUCACAAAAUUAAUGAUCUUCAGCUGGAGACCAGCCUCGUUCCAAGGGGCAUCCCUAUCUCUUCGGGCAUGCGCACUGUUAAGAUCAUCGGAGGAGAUGUCCAAUAUCCAGACACUUACAAACUAUAUUUUGAAAACCCCCAAAAUGGAGGUGGGCCCAUCAGUUCUAUGCGAGCAAUGAAAGAGGCGCGAAUGUUUUUGAUAACAUUUGCAGAUACCGCAGUGGCAGAAAAAGUGUGCAGUCAAAAGCACAUCAUUCAAGGACACUUACUAGCAGCAAAGCCAUUAAGAGGGCAACAACUGAUAGAUGUAAGAUGUGACCCUGAACAUGUCGGAAACUCUUGGACAACAGUGGAAGUGAUUGUUGGACAGAAGCUAAAAAAUGAGAUGUUUUAUCGACGGCACUUUGAAACAUGUACACACUCUGGGCUGGUAGAAGAAAUAAUUUUGAAAAGAAAUGAAGGGAAAAUACUUGUUACAUUCAACAACUUCGAAGCUGCUCAUCAGGUUUCAAGUUGUAGACACACGAUUGAUGGAAAAGAAGUCCAGCUGAGUGUCAUGAAGACAUCGCCAUUUUACUCUGAAAAACUUUUAUUCCGGAAUGUCCCUGAAACUGCAACAAAAGAACUUUUAAUCAAUUACAUGGAAAAUGUUAGUGGCCAGGAUAUUAAAAGCACUAACCACAGUGAUAAACCCGGGGAUCUCCUUGUCAUCUUUCAAGAGAAAAUCGAUUUUCAAAAAAUAAGACAGAAAUGCCAAGCAAAGCUGCUUUGUGGAGACAGGCUGGAGGUUUGUAGGGUUCCUGUGUCUAGCUGUGUUCUCGUGGAGAACCUCAAUCCUAUGACAUCAGAUGAUGAAGUCGCACAUUACUUUGAAUCACAGCAAAGAGGAGGCACAGUACUCAGUGUGCAACGAGAGGAAAAUCACAAUGUAUUGGUCUUCUUUAAAGAUCCUGAAGUCGCUGAACGCGUUGCCAUGAUGAAACACCGACUUGGGGGACGAGAACUCGGGACCAGGCUUUACAUAGAAUGCCUUGGACUUUCCAUCGACAGAGAAGACCCUUCUAGCUUUGUACUUCCAGAGCCACUGGAACUGUCUGUGAACACCAACAUCAAAGUGUCAUUCCUCCGCCAUAGCCCUGAAAUGCUUCAGACUUUCAAUGAAAGUUUGUUGCAGGUUUAUGCGCGUGCGAGAAUUGUGAAAGACUCUCUAAAAGUUGAGUGCACCCUCAAAGAUUCAGUACAUGAUGCUCCUCGCUUAGCAGGCGCCUGGAGAGAUAAAGCAUACAAGCAAUUAGAGAACUGCUUUGAUUCUGUGAGACUUGACCGACAGGAAGUAUUGCCAGAAGUAUGGCCUGAUGUGCUGAAAGCUGUACAAAAGUGUGAAAUCAGCAGUAAAAAUUUGCUCUUAACUCUUGCAGAGGAGCAUGCCUUUGUGAUUUUGGGAAGAAAGAAAUCAGAUGGAGAUACAUUUGCUAAGAUCAAGCGCAUUGUUGAGGACACAGAAAAAGAACUUGCUUUCGAAAAAAGUGAAUUGCAUGAGGUAGUGGAGCUUAAAAGGCAUGAACGUCAUCUUUUGGACAUGUCGAGUUUAUUUGCCAACACAGAAGAAAAGUAUAACAGGCUCAGUGUUAGAGAAGAAAAUGGACAGGUUGUUUUUCGUGGUCAGGUGAAGGACGUGAGGAAUGCGCAGCUAAAGAUGUUACAAAUGUUUCGCUCGGCUCCGUCGAUGACAUUAACGAAUGUAUCCCACGGUAAAAGAAGUCUUCUGGCCAAUGAGAGCGUUCAUAACUUCAUACGCCCAAAACUGGCAUCACUGAGGCUCACUGUCACUUGGGAUUGCCAAAAUGAAGGCCUUGUUACAUUCUUCUGCCUGGAGAAAUCACAUCUCUAUCAAGCUGUUGAGAUCAUUCACUCGUCACUACAAGAAAAAGUCUUGUCUUUAGAUGAAACGUCUUCCUGGGUAACGGCUUCACCGAACUGGAAAAAGUUGAAAGACUAUCUUAUUAAAAGCAACCAGGGCACUUUAAUGAUUGAAACCAAGCCAAAGGGUAUUCUGAUCACUGCUAUCAGUGAGAUUAUGUCCGAAGUUAAAAAUAUUAUUCAGAAUUUCGUUUCAGAAAAUGCAAUCUACUCCACUGUUUUCCGCUUUUCUCCUAGUCGGCAGAAGUUCUUAGCACUCUUUUGGGAGAAACGACUUGAAAGUAUAAAGGAGUCGUUAUCCGACUACAAUGUGGACAUCCGACUAUGCAAUAAAGAAAGAAGUAUACACGUUAAAGGAACAAAACAAGGUGUGGAACUUUCUAGAGAGCAACUGGAAAGCCUAGAGAAGGAGAUUAAGUGUACUGAAGUAGACGUCAAUGUGCACGAAUUCAUCAAGCAGCUAGAGGAUUUGAAUCUGAGGGACCUAGACAGCUUUGCAAAAUCACACCACUGUGUGGUUGCAUUGAGUCUAGAAAAAAAUGGCAUGCAGGCGCCAUUGGACGCAUCUUCUGCCGCUACUUACCACGCGAAACCUCGAACAUUUCCAACAAGUCUUGAGGAACUCUGUAUGUUAUACAAGAGGAAAAGAGGAUCAGUCCCGGAAGAGCUAAAACUCUAUAUCUUUACAGAUAACAAAAUGAAUAGACAAAAUUUUCUGAAAGCACAUGGGAUUUUUUUGGACUACAUUAGAGAGCACAAUGAAGAAAAUCGAGUCUUUUUAGAGCUGGCACCCGAGGUACCAGUCAUACUGGAGACACGACGGGAGGAAGGAUUUUCGAACUUAUUCCUGCAGAAAUUGAACAGGCUUACAUCGGUCUACCACUCCACUCCAUUGUCGUCACUGAGAGGCUCGCGAGCGCUUGCAAGAAGCUGCAACUGGGAUGAGAUGGCAGGGUGACAAAUGCCAGAGCCUCACACUCGACGUCCCUGGCAAUAUAUUUUGAAUACCAAAGCUGUCUUGUGUGUGCUACAUGUGACUGUAGCCCUUUUUUAUUUGCCAGUUUCUUGUGUGCUUUUUUUCAAUCUCUCGCUUCCCAGAAGGUUAAUUGAAACUUUUCCGGGGCUCCAGACUGUGCACAUAAGCUAAAAGAAACGGAAUUCGAAGACAUUAGUUAACCCUAUGACACAACACUACAAAAUAGACAUCUUGGAGGCAGUUUGGUUUACAUCAGUGUAGAUGGUCUGACGAAGAUUACUUGGACAGCAGCUAAUGCCAUAUUUAUGUGAUCGUGCUGUUUUCUUUUUUUUUUUUUUAAAUAAUGCUGAAAUAUUUAUCACACUUCUUUUUGCCUGAUAGCUCAUAUAAGGCAAUAAUCUCUUGCAAUACAUGUAUUUAGUUUGUUCUUAUCCUAAAAAGUAUUUUUCCCAUACACUCUGCAUUUUGGAAUAGCUUUCCUCUUGUCCUGUUUUACGCUUGUUUUUGCUUGUGUGGGUCACUAAGCCUGCUGAGCAACUUGUUCAUGGGAUAUUUAAUGCUGCAUAGUUAUAGUUAUAUUUACAUUAUAUGUUUGUAGUAUUAGUGUAAAGUUUAUGGCACAAUAUAUUUUAAUGCACAUGUCGAGGUUUAUAUAUUAAUAUCUUAUCAUAGAAUAAUUUGUGUGUAUUUUAUUUACAUUAUUAAAUGUACACUUUUGUGGACAGUUCAAUUUUGUUCCUGCUGCUUAAUCUCCUGUAGUAAAUAAUCUUUAUAGGAUUGGGAUUUUAGGUAUUACAAAUACGUUCUUUUUUGAUUUGCAUCAUUUGUGUAUGUUAAUUAAAAAAUAUUGUGUCUAAACUUGUCGUCUGUUUGUAUAAUAGGUAAGAGCUGGAAUAUCUGAUUGUUUUAUGUUCAUGCUCAUCCCAUGACAGGUACACGGUAAUAAACAGCAUUUCCAUUUGAUUUUCCUGCGGAGAUCGAGACUGGUGGCUGUAGUAAAUCUGUAGUAAAACUGGUGGGAUACCUUGAUUAAUUCUUUGGUUACUAGGUUAAGAGGCGGCUAGAUCCCCUUAUACGCAUGAAUCUACCCUUUUUUCAAAUAUUUAUCAAAAAAUAACUAAACAAGAUAGAAAAACAAUGCAAAUUGAUAAUGACGCAUCAAAAUGUGUAAAAAUAGACCAGUCUUACCUGAAUCUUGCUUGAGAACUCACUGUUAUGAUAAUCCAACCAGAAUUGGGUAUAUGAAGUGGAGUUUUGAAAAAGAUUUUUACACACAUGUUUACACAGGUUAUGACAUCCAAAAACAAGGUAGACCUCCAGGAAGCAGACUUUGAUGUUUUACAAUUAAGAAGACAUAAAAUCACAUUGUUCUUGUCCAUAGAAAUUCACAUCUGUUGCAUUAAGAAGGUGCCAGAAUCAUAAAAACCUAUGGUUGUAGAAUUCCGGUCAGAGUCGUGAUGCAAAAGCUAUCACCAUCAGACCCUGCAAAAGUCUUGUAAUCACAAAAAGUUAACAAAAAAGGGUUAUGUAAAGAUCAUGAAUAGGAUUUCAUAUAUUUAUUUAUAUAUAUAUUAGUAUUAUUUUGAAUAUACAGAUUGUUUACCCGGUGUGUACAUAGUCUGGAAUGCCUGGUACAUGAUUAUUAAGAGUUGUGUGGUUAUGUUUAUGCUUUUUCUAUACAAUAUAUAAAAAACUAUAUAUUUCACUUUUGGUUACUUUGAGCAGAUGUGAAGUGAUCACAUUUUACUGAUAUGUCAUGACUAGUGAUGCGAAGUGGGCGUGGCACUCUUGUAUUCUACAUUCCGACAAUAAUAAAUCCCUUUUUAUGCAUGAGGUAGUACAUUUAAAACAUAAUUAUGCAUUGUGUAACAUUUACAUUAUCAAGGUAUGGAAAACAUAAUAGUAGGCUACUUUCUGGUAGAUGCAUAGUGAUCAUUAUCACAUUUUAUUGCUGGCAUACCUAGGAAUAAUAAAAAAACUG